GCGGGCAGACGCCGAGGUCCGCGGGUGGGCUGUGGCUGCACGGUGCGGGUAGCGUCGUGGUGGCCGAGGCCACGGCCGGAUCUUUGGCGACUCUAGCGGCUCUCAGGCGGCCUUCUCUUCUUGUUGGCGGGGCCCCUUUGGUCCCUCGGCUGCGGGCACAGUGUAGGACAGGAGGGCCUCCCACCCCUCACUCCACGCCGCAGCCAUGUCAACAAGAGAGGCCGCCGCCACGACUGAGGCCCAGGAACCGGGCAGCAGGAUCAAAUCCAGCAGCCCUCGCCAAAUCCCGGUGGUCGGAGUGGUGACCGAGGACGAGGAGGCGCAACAUACUUUCAAGCCUAUGGACCUAAAUCGUGUCAUCAAACUCCUUGAGGAAACUGAUAAAGAUGAUUUAGAAGAAAAGCAAAUUAAAUCUGUCAAGAAACUCAUGGAGUGUUAUCAGAAUGGAUUUCCCCUAAGGGAUUUAGCACAGAUAUUUAAAAUUCUGAAUCUGUGUGCAGGAAAAAUUGAAAACCAACCUCGUUUUAUAGAAUCUGCAUAUAAUAUCUUAAAAUUAUGUGGCUUGCCAUUUUUGAAAAAGAAAGCAUCAGAUGAAAUAACCUAUGCUGAAGAUACUGCUAAUUCAAUUGCACUACUGGGUGACUUAAUGAAAAUACCAAGUUCUGAAUUGAGGAUACAAAUCUGUAAGUGUAUUGUGGACUUUUAUCAUGCAGAACCACCAAAGAAGCAUAUUACAGGUUACCAGCAAGCUAGUUCAUCAUAUAAGAUUCAAAUGGCUGAAGUCGGAGGAUUGGCAAAAACAAUGGUCCUGUCAUUGGCCUUGCUGGAAAAUCAACUUGUUGAGAAACUUUGGGUGCUUAAAGUUCUGCAACAUCUCUCAACUUCUGAAGUUAAUUGUACUUUAAUGAUGGAAGCACAAGCAGCCAGUGGAAUCUGUGUUCACCUCAAUGACCCAGAUCCCUCUGGACAGCUUCUAUUUCGUUCAUCAGAAAUACUUUGGAACUUAUUGGAAAAAACUUCAAAAGAAGAAAUCAUACAGCAGCUUAGUAAUUUGGAAUGUUUGCUGACUUUGAAGGAAGUAUUUAAAAAUCUGUUUAUGAGAAGUUUUAGUCAUUAUGAUCGUCAGCUUAGAAACGACAUAUUAGUGAUCACUACAAUUAUAGCUCAAAAUCCUGGAGCACCAAUGAUUGAAUCUGGCUUUACCAGGGAUUUGAUACUAUUUGCAACCUUUAAUGAAGUUAAAAGUCAAAAUCCUUUGAUCAAAGGUCUUAAACUUUCUAAUUGCUAUGAAGAUUUUGAGUUGAAGAAAUUGCUAUUCAAUAUAAUCGUGAUCUUAAGUAAAGAUUUACCUACUGUACAGCUAUUAAUUGAUGGCAAAGUUCUUUUGGCUUUGUUUACUUAUGUUAAAAAGCCUGAGAAACACAAAAUAAUUGAAUGGUCUGCAGCACAGUAUGAAGAAUUGCAAUUGCAUGCAAUUGCCACUUUGUCAUCACUGGCUCCUUUAUUAAUAGAAGAGUAUAUGCUAUACCAGGGAAAUGCCCGAGUCCUUGCAUUUCUAGAAUGGUGUGAGAGCGAAGAGGCCUUCUUUAGUCAUGGGAACAGUUUUCACGGUACAGGUGGCCGUGGCAACAAGUUUGCCCAGAUGCGUUACAGCUUGAGACUCUUGAGAGCCAUGGUCUACCUUGAAGAUGAGACUAUAAACGAGGAUCUGUGUGAAAAGGGGACGAUCCAGCAACUGACGGGAAUCUUUAAAAAUAUAAUCAAGUCUAAUGACAAGGAAGAGGCCAUUGUUUUGGAAAUUCAAUCUGAUAUAUUACUUAUAUUAUCUGGUCUUUGUGAAGAUCAUGUUCCCAGGAAGGAAAUUUUUGGAACUGAAGGAGUGGAUAUAAUUCUUCAUGUAAUGAAAACAGACCCCAAGAAGUUACAGAGUGGAUUAGGCUAUAAUGUACUUCUUUUUAGUACAUUGGACAGCAUUUGGUGCUGCAUUUUGGGAUGCUAUCCUUUAGAGGAUUACUUUCUUGAAAAGGAAGGCAUUUUUCUCCUUUUGGAUUUAUUGGCAUUGAACCAAAAAAAAUUCUGUAAUCUAAUACUGGGAAUAAUGGUUGAAUUUUGUGAUAAUCCCAAAACUACGGCUCAUGUUAAUGCUUGGCGAGGGAAGAAAGGCCAGACAGCUGCUAGUCUUUUAAUUAAAUUGUGGAGAAAGGAAGAAGAAGAACUAGGAGUGAAACGUGAUAAACAUGGGAAGAUCAUUGAUACAAAGAAACCUCUAUUUACUAGUUUUCAAGAAGAGCAGAAAAUUAUACCACUGCCUGCUAACUGCCCGACUAUUGCAGUUAUGGAUGUUGCGGAGAAUAUCAGAGCAAAAAUUUAUGCUGUGUUGGGCAAACUAGAUUUUGAAAAUUUACCUGGCCUAUCAGCUGAAGAUUUUGUGACCCUCUGUAUCAUACAUAGAUAUCUUGAUUUUAAAAUUGGAGAAAUAUGGAAUGAAAUAUAUGAAGAAAUAAAAUUAGAAAAGUUAAGACCAGUCACUACAGAUAAAAAAAUUUUGGAAACUAUUACAACAGCAUCAGAAAAUAUUGGAAAGAUGGUUGCUUCUCUGCAAAGUGAGAUGAUUGAAAGCCAGGCGCGCCAAGAUGUGCAAAAUGAACAAAAAGUCUAUGCAAAAAUACAAGCCACCCACAAGCAAAGAGAACUGGCUAAUAAAUCAUGGCAAAAUUUCUUAGCUAGAACAUCAAAUGCUAAAACUUUAAAGAAAGCAAAAAGACUUCAGGAAAAAGCUAUAGAAUCCUCUAGAUACAAUGAGCAACCACCAAAUACAAUAUUUCACCAGACAGAUAUUAAAGGCCUUAACACAACGGUUCUCUCUGGCCGGGUAGUAACAGUGGAAAGCACUCCUGCCCGAUUAAUGGGAGGACCUCUGGCUGAUACAGAUAUUGCUCUUAAAAAAUUGCCUAUUCGAGGAGGAGCCUUACAGAGGGUGAAAGCAGUAAAAACUGUGGAUGAGCCAAAGAAGAGCAUUCCUACGUAAAAUACUGGAGAUUUCUGAAGUAAAUUCUGCUUAUAACUUUUUAGUUAAAUAUAUCAAUAUACAAAUGUAAAGCAAAUAUUUUAGUAAAAUACUAUAAAAAAUAAAAGUAAGUACAUAGAAUUUAUUUUUAUUAAAAAUAUCAACAUAUAGCAUCAGAAGACUUGUCACCAGUUACUUUGGAAAGAUUACUAAUUCUCUUAACUGAAAUUGUAAAACAUACUGUAUCAGUUAAGACUCUUGCAGUUGCAUGUGAACUACUCCAACUGGUUUAAGCCCAGAAAAACACUUUUACAGGUUCAGUAGCCAUCAAAUCGAGGAAUAAUUAAGACUACAGGCAUUGUUGGACCUAGGGACUAAAACUCUGAGUAGGACCUUCUCUUUCCCUAGCAGUUCCUGGAUUAUAUUCUCCCCAGGUGGAUAUCCAGUAGAGAAGAGUGCAUACCUCUCUCUCAACAGUCUCCACAACUGCCUCUGCAUCCUGGGACCCUGGAGUGGCCACAUGCCACUCCUGAGCCAUUCACCACGACUUUGGCCAGAUCUGAGUACUGCCUACUCCUGGAGUCAGAAGCAGGCCAACCCCAUCCAAAGCAUAUGAAUGGAGUGGGGAGUCAGGAUAUUGUUAUCAUAAGUUUAUAUCAAUACUGGGCGGCAAAAACAUUUGCAAGAAAUAUGUUGGUCAAAGUAAAGUAAGUUAUCUCUGUUAUGAAAAGCAAAUGUUAGUCAUGAGCUCAAUAAUAAAAAAUAAAAAUACA